UGGGCGCGCGCAGCCGCCAGUGAAUGGGGCGCGCCCCCUUUCCCCCCCCCCUCCCCAAUCCGGCUGGAUCCUGUUGCGGCGGCGCCGCUGGGAUGGGGGAAGGGCGGGCUCCGACCACUGCGCAGCGAGACUGAGAUUCAUUCACGCGCAGGCAGCAGCCGCUCGCUGGGCGCGAGUGAACGCGGGGAGCAGCAGCAGCAGCCACCACAGCUGCACCAGCGGGUUGCCGGUCGGGGCCACCGCUCGCCAUGCCGAGGAGAAAGCUGAACACGGCUGAUGGGAAGGCGCAGGAGGAGCCCAAGAGGCGGUCUGCGCGCCUGUCAGCUAAACCUGCCCCCGCCAAAGUCGAGCCUAAGCCAAAAAAGGCAGCACCAGCCGUAGCAAAGGAUAAAUCUGAGGACAGGAAAGCUCAAUCAAAGGGGAAAAAAGGACCAAAAGGAAAACAGAUUGAGGGGACUAAUCAAGAAGAAACUAAGGAUAACUUGCCUGCAGAAAAUGGAGAAAUUAACAGUGCAGAGGCUCCAGGGUCUGAUGCAGCAAGAGAGAAAGAAGCCAAGUCUCAGUAAUAUCUCUACCAAGUCUUUUAUUAGUGGACCCAGUACCUACCUUCCUUGUACAAUUCAGAGGAAUAUUUUUAUCAACUAUUUUGUAAAUGCAAGUUUUUUAGUAGUUCUAGAAAACACACUUUUAAAAAGGAGGGAGUC